AUGACCAGCGAACCCAUCCUACGCUCUCGAAGCCGUUCUCGUUUACCCACAAGACAACAAAAAGACGCAGAAGAAAUCAACAAGUACAAGAGAGAAAACAAUGCUCUAAGAGACGAACUCAAACACCUCAAGCGCCGCCUUGCAUCUACCGUCAACGAAAAUCAUCAGAAGAAGAUGGUUUUGGCAGCAGCAGUAUCUCAAACCCACAGCAAGCUCCAGACCGACAACGAACUCUUGGAGACUGCAACUCAGGAACAGGUUCAAGCUAUCAGGGCAUACAUCAAAGCAGUCAAGGCAUUGGAAAAAGAGAAUCAGCAACUCAAGGCAAAAGUGCAGGGGCUUGAGAAAGGAGAGAUUGUUUACAAGAAAGUGGUGUCUGAGUUGAAGGUGCAGCUUCGUCCGGUUUCUGAGGCGUUUGUUGGAUUUCUUGACCAUGUUCUCUCUGGUGAGUUGGCAUCUUGA